CGGUGGACUUUGAACUGGCUGUGCAUUUCACUGAGGGAGAAUGCUCCUCACUGCACCCAGCCCCAAAAGCUUUUUACAGAGAGAUCCUGCAAGAUGGCUGCGAGCAGGAAACAUCUUUGGAUCACCUCACGGAAACCGAGAUCAAGGAAGAAACGCUCCAGCCGGGCAGCCCUGAAGUGGAGGGAGGCCACCAAACAGAAAGCUCAUGUGAGGAAGGAUUCGUGAAGCGCCUUCUCCAGAAAGGAAACACCGAUUUAGAAAACACAGAGGGGGCAACACUGCCAAGGAGGUCGCUUUGGGAAGAGGGCCAGGCCCUUAACCAGCAUCUAACCCACAUAAGUAAGCAAUGUCCCGACUGCGGAGAACAAUUCUACCCUCAGCUGCCAAUGGCAAUGCAUCAGUUGACCCACGGUGACGUCAGAUUGAUGGAGCACCAGAACGUCCAUGCACAGGAGGAGACAUUUUCCCGCUGUCCAGGCUGCGAAAAAAGCUCCUUGGCGCACCGAGCUAUCGACACGGGGGAGGGGCCAGGCCCGCCCGUCGGGUUCGGGAGACGCUCCCGCCAGCGGAUUCAGCCAAGCCAGCAUCGCCCGAGGCAAGACGGCGGAGACAAAGCUUACGAAUGUCCUUUAUGCCGGAAGGAAUUCCAGAGAAAACGCAACCUCACGGCGCACCUGAAGACCCACACGGGGGAGAGGCCGUACGGGUGUUUGCAGUGUGGGAAACGCUUCAGCGAGAAAGCCAAGCUGACCCGACACCAAAGGGUCCACACCGGGGAGAAACCCUACACCUGUCCCACUUGUCUGAAAAGUUUCAGCCAAAGAGAGACGUUGCUGAAGCACCAAAGAAUCCAUAUGGGAGAGAAACCUUAUCGGUGGGGAAGAUUUUGGACCGAGAGAGAUGCUGUGGUAGCAUCACUGAAUUCACCCAGGAGGAAACUUCAGUAGUGUUUUGUGAAGCUUGGAAACGAAUACGGGUGUUCCUCAGCUUACGACGGCAAUCGAGCCCUCAAAUCUCCAUUGCUGAGCAAGUAAGAAAAGGUAUGCAGAACAACAGAGUUCGAAGGGUCCGUGGAGGUCUUCUAGUCC